GGGCAUCCACACGCACUGGGAGCUAGGAAACUCAAGGAGGUGUGCCCUAGCACUCAGCGAUCACCCCGCCCCCAGGGCGGAGCGCAGGUGGCUUUCUCAUCACCUUUCCCCUCUCCGAGAUCCUAAUUUGCCUGGGUUAGUGCCCGCCGUUCUUCAGAAAGCGCUGAGGCAUGGGGGAAGGGAGGGGCUGGGACUUCUCGUGCUUGGUGUUGUCAGCUCCUCCCACGUCUCCUCUUCCUGCUCCUCCCCUCCACCGACCAGGACCGGAAAUGAGGUCACAGAGGGAAACCCCCGCGGAGAGACGGGGCCCAAACUGCGGUGGCCGUUGAAGCGGGCUGCGGCAGCCGACUUCAUGGAUGAGCUGGUACACGAUUUGGCCUCGGCCUUGGAGCAGACAUCAGAACAGAAUAAACUAGAUGAACUAUGGGAGGAAAUGGCUCUGAGCCCUCGACAGCAGAGACGACAGCUUCGAAAACGGAGGGGUCGAAAGCGGCGUUCUGACUUCACUCACUUAGCAGAACACACCUGUUGCUAUAGUGAGGCCUCGGAGUCUAGCUUGGAUGAGGCUUUGAAGGACUGUCGGGAAGUGGCUGCAGUCACCAACGUCAGUGACUCUGAUGACACAAUGGUGGCCAAGCGACAUCCAGCUCUUAAUUCCACCUUAAAGAAUAAGCAGCACUCUUGGCAUGAAUCAGACUCCUUUACUGAGAAUGCACCCUGUAGACCACUGAGGCGGAGGAGGAAGGUGAAACGAGUGACUUCAGAAGUAGCUGCUAGCCUUCAGCAAAAACUCAAGGUGUCAGAUUGGAGCUAUGAGAGAGGCUGCAGGUUCAAAUCUGCCAAGAAGCAGAGGCUGUCACGUUGGAAGGAGAAUGCUCCCUGGACUUCAUCAGGCCAUGGGCUGUGUGAGUCUGCAGAAAAUAGGACUUUCCUUAGCAAAUCGGUCAGGAAGGAGAGGAUGGAGUGUGAAGCUGAUGAACAAAAACAGGGCUCUGAUGAGAACAUGUCAGAAUGUGAAACCAGCAGUGUAUGUAGUAGCAGUGAUACAGGUCUCUUCACCAAUGAUGAAGGUCGGCAAGGGGAUGAUGAACAGAGUGAUUGGUUCUAUGAAGGUGAAUGUGUCUCAGGAUUCACUGUCCCUAAUCUCCUCCCCAAGUGGGCACCCGAUCAUCGAUCUGAAAUGGAGAGAAUGGAUGCAGGACUAGACAAACUUUCAGAUUCCACAUUCCUUUUGCCCUCCCGUCCAGCUCAAAGAGGGUUCCAUGCACGCUUGAAUCGACUACCUGGAGCUGCUGCCCGAUGCCUCAGAAAGGGAAGAAGAAGGCUUGUUGGAAAGGAGACCAGCAUGAGCACUUUAGGGCCUGAGAGGGUAGGCCACAUUAUUAGCGAUCCACGUCAGAAAGAAAAGAACAAAGCGUUGACUUCUGAUUUUCCCCACAUUCCUGCCUGUUCACAUGAGUUCAAUCCCCUUUCUCCUCUCUAUUCUUUGGAUGUUCUUGCUGAUGCUUCUCACCGAAGAUGCUUACCAGCACACUGUUCUGCCAGUUCUCUAUCUGGAUGUGGACAGCGUUCUUUCUCACAGGCAAAUGUACACUUGGGACCACCAUGUUCAAGGGACAUAAAGAGGAAACGGAAACCUAUGACCACAGCAUCUUUAUCCAGCCCAACUGCAGCUUUACCUGUUCACAUGGAUGAAGUAGAGGCAAUUCUACCAUCAUCUCAGGUCCAGAAAUCCCCGAAUUCUGAGUGGUCAGUCAGGACCUAUGCAGCAGACAAAACCACUGGGUCACCUCCAGCUACCUUUUUUAAAAUGCCACAGGAAAAAAGCCCUGGUUGUGGCUAGAGAGGCAUUUUGAAUUUGUUAAAACAUUUUGGACUUUGGAUUGUAUUGUCCCAGCUAUCUUAUUUGGUAAUACCUAUCUCAUCAUCUUCAGCGUACUUAUCUUUGACCACAGCAGCUUGAUCUCUCUAUUGGAAAAAUCAUGCCCAUGAUUCACUUUUUAAAGUAUUAACAUGUUGGGGCAGUUUUAAAAAAAAAAAUCUUGCUAUGCUGUAUUUAUUAUGUUUAUCUGUCAUUGCUGUCCCAACAUCUAUCUACAACUACUUUUACAGAGCGGGUGCUUUUUUGCAGAUGUCUUUGUUGUUAUGAAAGUGGUGACUGCUUUUGCAUCUUAUUUUAUGGCAAAGCUGCCAAUAUCACUUGAAGAAGAGCUUACUUUGUAUCUAGCCCUAGACAAGUGUGAGAACUGAGUCUAAUGCUAGCAGGAAAUUACAUUUGGCCAAGAGGUGGGAGACCAAAAACAUGGGACUGAUUUCAAGCCUGGGUCUUUGGAAUUUUGCCUUUUGGUGGUCUCUGAACAACAAAACUCAUCAACCAACGCUGGAUCUUCGAAGAGGCAUGGGCUAGCCACCUGUGCCUCAGAACAAGUUUGUCUUAUCCUAGUGGAUGACUUAACAUUGCUCAUGAUUAUGCUAUUCAUUGCCUUCUCUCCUGUGGUUUUUUCCUGAAUAAGAAAUCCCAUAAAUAUGUACAAAUUGACACAAUGAAAAUAACUUAGGUGUGAAAAUCAGCUCUAAGGUAUUUAGUGAGAUAUAAAAAACAUUUUCUUUCCCAAGUCAAAUUCUUUCUCAAGCAGACUUUUAUCAUGUGAGCUAUUGAUUUCUUAAGCCAGUAAUCUGAAGCAAAAGCUCAUACGUUGCUCUAACAGCUGUUUUGGGCCAUCUCUUUUUUGGUAAAAAUCUCUGUGGUCUCCCUUUAUACUCGAAGCUGGAAAACCUAUAGUCACAUCCAAGGUUGGUCGCAAUAUUAUCAAUAUGAGGGAUAAAUAACUAGUUGGAACUGUUGAAGGGAGGCCACCAUUUCCAAAAGUAGUAUUAGAGCCAUCUGUUUAAGGGGCUCAAUUAACUUAAAUGUACUUGCUGAAUAUUAUUUGAGUACUUCAUACUGUGAACCCUGUAAAAGAGACUAUAAACUGACUGUCUCCUACAUGCAAACUGCACACAGUACAUUUUAUAGGGACUCUCUUAUAUCUCUGAUUAUUUUCUGUACUAAAGUAGAUGUUGAAGGGAGAUAAGUACUCCCAUUUCUUGAAGCCCAAAAGCUUUUCUAGUAAUAGAUUAUAAUUAAGAGGCUCCCUUUAGCUUUCCCUUUUCAAAUCAAAUCAAAUUUAGAUAUUGAGAGGGGUUCAAGGCUCACCUUUUUUUUCCUCCCCCAAAGACAUAUGUGUUGUCCAUUGGGUUCAGAUACAAAGAUGAAGUAGAUGACACACAUUAAGGUACAUGCUGCAUUUUGAUAAUAGCAGCAAUGAGUUUUGGCCCUUUUGUUAACUGUGAUACAUUUAGUCAAUGAUGGGUAUGUGGCCAUGGAAUAUUAUUUUUCCUUGUACCAAGACCUCUGCCCUAUGUGGGUCGCCAUAUAGUUGAUUGUUAGAGAGCUGGGCUUAGAGUUGGGAACACCUGGAUUUGAAUCCUGCCUCUGAUAAUUAUGCAAUAUGUGAUUCUAGGCAAGCCACUUAAACUUUCUAAGGCUCUGUUUCCUCACCUGCAAAAUGGUGGUGAAAAUUAUCAGCAGACCUAUCUUCAAGAGUUUAUUAAGAGGAUCAAAUGAAAUAAUAAAGUUAUCAAAGCACUUCAUAAACUAAAAGAAUGCUCUUACUAGCUAUUAUUAGCCAAGCCUAUUGGUUAUCAGGGCCUGUUAUUAUGCUUUUCCUUGCAGAACUGGCCAAGGUAAUAGAGAUGUUCUUUUCUUUAUUAUAAUAAUUGUGUUGACCAUUAUAGCCCCUUUCUGGCUAGAAGGAAAAGACUUAUUUCUUUAACAAUAUCCUAGUGAGGCACAGAGAACUACAGAGCAUUUAAGUGACUUGCCACAUAGCCAACCGAAGACUAAAUUCAAGCCUUUUUAUGUUCUUGGUCUAUAUAUCUUGCCACUAGACCAAAUUAGUCUUUGAUUAUAUACUUGAUUAAUCUCCACCUUGUAGUAUAUGCAGGGGACAAGAAAAUGGGAGUCAAGGGUGGGGGGGGGUGGUCUCUUCUUUCUCUGAUGUCUCCAAUUACUUUGUCCUUACCAGUAUGUAGAGGCACCUUAUGUCCUGAUUGCUCUCAAUUUUAUAGUGUAUUAUUUGGACGAUGUGUAGGGUUUCCCUCCCUUUAUUCCAAAGCCUUCUAUUCUCUGCUAAUGAUACUGUAGCUUUCUAUUGACCAGCCCAGUUUGCAGACUGAGAGCCAAAUUUAUGAAAUGAUAAGCCAGGAUUGCCUAUCAGAAUGCUUGGUUUGGGGGUACUCUUGUUUGUUCAUUUGAGUACUUGUAAUAGAUGCCACUCAAUAAGAUGGAAUAAUAAUUUGUACUUGGGGAAAAAUGAUUAUCUAUUAAGCACAUGAAUGCUUUUCAACAUAGGGGUGCAAAUUGUGCUCCUUGACUUAGGUGCUGUAUUUGCAUGCUUAAGGAAUUAUGAAUAUUGACCAAAUGUCUUUUUUGUGAUGCUUUGUUCUCCAUAUACUCUGCAAAUGGAUUUCUGAAGGAUAAUAUUAAUCCUGAGUAUAUUCUGUUUUUUUUUUAA